GGGGGCGGGAGGUUGGCCCGCAGCUGGCCCAGGGUGGCGGGGAGGGGAAGGGUCCGGCGUCUGCAGCCCGCAUUCCCCCUUUCCCCCUCCUCCGCCGCUCCUCAAGCCGCACCGCCUCCAGAGCCCCUUCCCCGGCCCGGCGACGCCGGACUGGGGCCCCGGGGCUCGGCCGGCAGUGGGGGAGGGGGCUGCUUGGUCUCGGCCCCUGAGAGGGGAGGGGCGACAGUUUCUGUCCGCCGAGCUAAAGGGGUUUAAAGGGCGGCUCUUAAAGGGACCGCAGAAGGGGCCCGGGGCCGAGGAGGCACCCCCUCCCCAUCCGCCUGCUGUCGCUCUCGCGCGGGGUCGCUGGGCCGAGGGGGGGAUGCAGAGGAAGCAAACACUGGUCGCGGCCGCUAAGGGGCCAGAGCCCCGGCUAGUGGGGUUGGGCCCGAGGUGGCCGGCCAGCCGGGGGUCUGGGCGGGUGUGGUGAGCGCGGACGAGCGGAGUUGGGGGAGAGGGGAUGGGCCUGGGGAGGAGAGGGUUAAAGGUGGGGCCAGCCGUACAAAUACACGCACACACUCCUUACUCAGACCCGGUCACACGCGUUUCCCUGGCACUUAAGGCGGGGCAGUGUUGGGGCCUGGGCCUGGGCCCUCUCCACCCCAGGCUCCUGCUGCCCGAUUUGGGGAGGUCGCGGACCCCACUGCUUCAACUCACACCUCGGGAGCCCCCUCUCCUACGCGCACACACGCUCUGGCGCGCGCGCACACACCUCGGACAUUCCCAUAGUGCCUCACGUGACACACGGCCCCGAACGUGCCCACCCUUCACACACGCUCACGCACGCGUGCACACACGCGCACACAAACACACACGGCCUCCUGGCCACUUCCCCACUCCCUCCGACCCCCCCCCCACCGCCCGCCCGCAGCCCCGCUAAAGCACUCAUUGACUGUGACACACCUACACUCAUUCACAGACACACACAUUCCCCCCACACAUGCCAACCACAGACACACAUUCAUAAACAGGGCCAGGAAAAGUACACACGCACCCCCUCGCCUACUCUUUCGGGAGCCCUGAGUCAUUCCUGCCCCCUCUCAGGGCUCCCCAUUUCCCUGUGUGCAGGCACACAGGCCGGGCUUCGGAAUUCUCUGUCAGCCCUCUCCACCUGCGCCGGGCCCUCUCCCAGAGCCCCCUUCCCCUCUGUGUACCCUCAGACACUCAGCCGAUGACCUCCUGUGGGUCCCAAGUCAGGGGUGAGGAGGGCCUGGAGGGUUGCCACAGCUGCCGGUGUGAGUGGGGGAAGCACUUCCUUUUCCUGAACUCUGGGAUCCUAGAGGAGGAAGCCAGGGAGUUGGGCGGGGGCCCAGCAGAGGAUGUUGUGACAGUGGUGGGGCUGACACUCCCAGAAGCACUGGGCCUUCCUUAGGGAGGAGCCAGGGGUGCCAGAGGCCUGGCAUGAGGAGCUUGGAAGAGAGGAGGCCCAGGGCGGGCCGUGGCCCAGGCCCUUGCCAUGGAGUCCAUGUUUGAGGAUGACAUCAGCAUCCUGACCCAGGAGGCCCUGGGGCCCAGUGAGGUGUGGCUGGAUGCCCCUGGAGACCCCUCGCUGGGGGGGGACAUGUGCUCCGCCUCCCACUUUGCCCUGAUCACGGCCUACGGAGACAUCAAAGAGCGGCUGGGGGGCCUGGAGAGGGAGAAUGCCACCCUCCGCCGCCGCCUCAAAGUCUACGAGAUUAAGUACCCACUGAUCAAUGACUUUGGAGAGGAGCACGGCUUCUCUUUGUAUGAAAUCAAGGAUGGCUCCCUGCUGGAGGUGGAGAAAGUCAGCCUGCAGCAACGGCUCAACCAGUUCCAGCACGAGUUGCAGAAGAAUAAGGAGCAGGAAGAACAGCUCGGGGAGAUGAUCCAGGCUUACGAGAAGCUCUGCGUGGAGAAGAGUGACCUGGAGACGGAGCUGGGGGAGAUGCGGGCCCUGGUGGAGACCCACCUGCGGCAGAUCUGUGGUUUGGAGCAGCAGCUGCGGCAGCAACAAGGCCUCCGGGAUGCAGCCUUCCCCAGCCUGAGCCCCCCCACUGCCCCUGCCCCGCCCUGUGCUGAUCUGGACCUGCACUACUUGGCACUGAGAGGCGGAUCUGGCUUGAGUCACGGCUGGCCAGGCCCCACGCCGAGUAUGAGUGAGCUGGAGCGGCGGCAGCUAGAAGAGGCUCUGGAGGCUGCCCAGGGAGAGGCCCGGGGGGCUCAGCUUCGGGAGGAGCAGCUCCAGGCCGAGUGUGAGCGGCUGCAGGGGGAGCUGAAGCAGCUGCAGGAGACCCGGGCCCAGGAUCUGGCCUCCAACCAGUCAGAGCGCGACAUGGCAUGGGUGAAAAGAGUUGGGGAUGAUCAGGUGAAUUUGGCGCUGGCUUACACGGAGCUGACAGAGGAGCUGGGCCGGCUUCGGGAGCUGAGUUCCCUGCAGGGGAGGAUCUUGAGGACGUUGCUGCAGGAGCAGGCUCGGAGUGGCGGCCAGAGGCACUCGCCGCUGUCGCAGCGCCACUCCCCGGCCCCCCAGUGCCCCUCGCACUCCCCGCCGGCCCGAGCGGCGCCCCCUUGCCCCCCGUGCCAGUCCCCUGUCCCCCAGCGCCGCUCUCCCGGGCCCCCCUGCCCUUCGCCCCAGCAGCGCCGCUCGCCGGCCUCGCCCUCCUGCCCGUCGCCCGUCCCGCAGCGCCGCUCGCCGGUGCCGCCGCCGUGCCAGUCCCCCAGCCCGCAGUGCCGCUCCCCAGGGCCUCCCGCCUGCCCGGCCCCGCAGCCCCGGCCCCCACCACCCCCGCCGCCCGGGGAGAGGACACUGGCCGAGCGAGCCUACGCCAAGCCGCCCAGCCACCACGUGAAGGCCGGCUUCCAGGGCCGGCGCAGCUACUCGGAGAUGGCGGAGGGCGCGGGCUACACGGGCGCCUCCCCGCCCUGGCUGCAGGCCGAGGCGGCCACGCUGCCCAAGCCGCGGGCCUAUGGCAGCGAGCUCUACGUCCCCGGCCGGCCCCUCAGCCCACGGCACGCCUUCGAGGGCAUCCGCCUGCGCUUCGAGAAGCAGCCGUCGGAGGAGGAGGAGUGGGCCGUGCCCGCCAGCCCGCCCAGCCCGGAGGCUGGCGCCAUCCGCUGCGCCUCGUUCUGCGCGGGCUUCCCCAUCCCGGAGUCGCCCGCCGCCACCGCCUACACCCACGCCGAGCACGCGCAGUCCUGGCCGUCCAUCAACCUGCUGAUGGAGACGGUGGGCUCUGAUAUCCGCAGCUGCCCCCUCUGCCAACUGGGUUUCCCUGUUGGGUACCCCGAUGAUGCCCUCAUCAAACACAUUGACUCUCACCUGGAGAACAGCAAGAUCUAGGGUGCCUCCCCCACCCGCUGGCUGUUUCUCCACCUUCUCCCAUCACCCCCAAACACUCACUCACUUUGAAUGCUGCAUGAAUCUCGUAAGGGGCCCCUGCCCCUUGCGACCCCCAGAUACCUCCACUAGCUACCGAGUCAACGUGUGUGCCAUCUUCCCUGGUCCAGGCACCACUCAGCCCUGGCUUUUCCCGGGAGGUCAGCUGGGGCUCUCCCCAGCUCACUGGCUUCUGCUGGGGAGGUGGGGAUCAGGGCUGGGGUGGGAAGGGGCAUAUCCCACCCAGCCUCUCCCUCUGCCUUUCUGUUUUCAAACGGUUGGAUCCAAGAAGGUGUCUAGUGCUUGGGCCUGGGGGAGGGGAGGGUAUCAGAAGACUCCAGGAGCUCCCCUAGCACCUCCCCAGAUGUCCAUCUUUCUCAGGCUGUGCUCUGUCCAGGGAAUGCCUCCCUGUGGGGUCUCAGAGCCUUCCCUGCACACUGACGCCAGUUCCUCCAUCCCACGGCCAGGUCGGGACUCGCCGUUCCCUGCAGGCCAACCCUGUUCUCCCCCUCUGCCCUCCCUGGGGAAUAGGGAGGGUGGGAGAGAAGAGGGAGGACCCUGGAGGACUGGGAGCAUCCAGCCUAAAGAGGCUGCCCUGAGGCGCCAUGACCCUCAGGCUAGGGAACUAUCUGUGCCAGCCUCCCAGGCCCAUGCCCUCCUCCUGGAGCCCCCAGCACCAAGGCACAGAUUGUUAAGGCAGAUGCUUCCCUCCACCCUGACCCCACUCAAGCCCCGACACCACAGGUGCCCUGGAGCCCGGGUGUGACUCAGCCUCUGUUAGCUGGGUGGGUGUCAUCAGCCCCACCUCCCAGUCCAGAACCUGAGGAUGGGCCCAGGGUGCUGUGGAGAUCAACUUCAAAAGAGCUAACCCCCUUCCCACACCCCAGCGACCCACAUUCCCUCUGUGAAAUCUACCUCAGAGUCGAACCCUCAGAAGGACGGGUAAGCAGGAGGCCAGGGGGUCCCCAGGGCUGAGGUGUGGAGCUUGCUAUGGCAAGAGCCUGCCGCCCCACGAUGAGUCCGCCUCCCUUCACUGCAAGCCUCUCCCGGGUCCCAGCCCGGUGCGGGCAGUGGUCGCCACUGUCAGUGCAUGUACCAUUCUGAUCCAACUCUUCCAGGUCCCCCACCUCCUCACACCCCUCCCCUCCUCCUCAGUGCAGGGGAGUGAGGGGGUGUGUGGGGCAGGGCAGGGGCUGAGGACUCCAGAGACACGUGGCCUUGUACUUUGAGUGUUCCCCGAGGGAGGGGAAAUGGGGAAGGGGGACUGGAGAGGGGAGUGGGGCCCCUGAGCUCUCUGAACAAGUUGAAAGUCCAAAUAAAACUUACCUGUUCCA